AUGGAGCACCUGUAUUGUGGCACACUUAGAACAUGGGCGCAAGUACUCUCAUUUCCUUUUUUAUCAUAUAGAUAGGUCUCGUCGAAUUAGAUCACAGUUAGGCACAGAUCUGGAAAUUCCAGUCGAGAGAUAAGGACUUGAGAUAAUCUUACGCAUCGGAAAAUGUUUCUGAUGUAAGGCACUUCAAUCGAUUUGUUAGAUUUUGUCAUGCAGCGCCAUUUGUGUCUGCAACUUGCAAUAUGAUCGAUUUUGCAGCUGAACUCUACCCUAUUAUAUAAAUCAACAUUUGUUUUAAACAUUCUUCUGUAUCACAUGAAAUUUAUUCUAAAUACACUGAAAAAAUUUAUGAGCAAUAGUUUGAUUUACAUUCUUUACUUUCGGUGAUAAGGAUGGCGGAGGUGGCGUUAAAUGUAAAAGUCUAACAAAUCCUUUGCAGCGCUAUGACCAGCGGCCAGUUUCUAAAGCAUUUACGACCAUACGCAGAACGAUAUCCGGUGUUGUCGCCAUAUUGAUCUUUUUUGUCUUCAUUUGACAGAUGCUUACUUUAUGUUUUUGACAAUUUUUUGUAUAGGAGUGUCCAAACUGGUAACUGGUUUAGAUUAGUAUAUGUAUGUGAGCCUAACUAUGGCUACAUCAGACUGUACGGAUAAUAUCAAAUAUAUUUAUCAAUUGCCAUUUUUUGCACGAUCGGAGAUUUGUAAAAUACUUAAUCAAAAUGAUAAGUGGGAAGAACUUGCUGGAACAUGGAUGAAAUAUGAUGUAUUGACAAUACAGAGUUUGCGAAAAGAAAAAAAUCCAACAGAUGAAUUACUAACAAUGUGGGGUCACUAUAAUCAUACAAUAUUGGAAUUGUUUGUGCUGUUAUCUAGAAUGCAGCAUUAUCAAUCUAUGGUACCACUGAAACCAUUUGUCGAAGAGAAAUUUCAUAAAUUACUUUAUAAUGGAGAAGGAAAUCUCCAUAGAAUACUUGAGAAACGCUCAAAUAAAAACACAAAAGAUUUAAAAAUUGGAACACAGAAUUUUAAUCAAAUUGCACCACCAGAACCAAAUGUGCCAAAGAUUAUUGUAGAGAAAAAUACCAGGGAGGAAUCCCAUAAAAUUUUAAAUCGACCUAUGCAAGCCUUGCAUAUUGGAGUUGUUCGAAGUAAUUCUAAUAACUUACUUGUUGCUUCUCUAGCAGCAGGAAAUCCUGCACUAGGUUCUUUACAACGUACUCCAACUAGUGGAAAAAAAGAUAAUGAUGCUAUCGUUUUCUCAGCAGAAGCAGCUAUACCUCAUGUUCCUUAUAACGAACUAAGUAUAGCUACCAAUGAAUGGAAUUUAUAUAAUAUAUUAGGGAGAGGUGGCUUUGGGACUGUGUAUAGAGGCACAUGGAAAAAUACAGCUGUAGCUAUUAAGAAAAUAGAAAAAAGAGGGACAGAUUCUGAUGAAAGUCAUCUACUUCAACUUCAACAGUCUUUUAGAGAAAUUAAAAUUUUAAAUUCUUGUAGGCAUGAAAAUAUAUUACCACUGUAUGCGUAUAGUUUAGAUGGCAAACUACCUUGUAUUGUUUAUCAACUUAUGAAAAAUGGAUCUUUAGAAGACCGGUUAUUGUUAAAACAGAAAAGUCAGCCAUUAUCUUGGAUCCAGCGUCAUGAAAUAGCUAAAGGAACUGCAUGUGGUUUACAAUAUUUGCACACAGUCGGAGAAAAGCCCUUGAUACAUGGUGAUAUAAAGAGUGCUAAUAUUUUGCUUGAUAAAAAUUUGGAACCUAGAAUUGGUGAUUUUGGUUUAGCGAGAGAGGGUCCUGAAAGAGAUUCUAUGGAAGUAAGCAAAAUUCACGGCACUAGACCAUAUCUCCCAGAAGAAUUUUUACAUGGACGAAAAUUAUCUACGAAAGUCGAUACAUACAGUUAUGGUAUAGUUUUGUUUGAACUAGCUACUGGUUUACCAGCUUAUGAUAAAUCUAGGUUGGGCAAUAGGUUUUUAAAAGAUUUUAUUGACAAUUGGGAAGACAAAGAUCUUCCUUUGCUAAUAGAUAAAAAAGCAGGUGAGAAAGACAAACAGGUUUACAACAACCUAAUAAUUUUGGGAAAGUGGUGUACUAAUCGUAUGGCACAAAAUAGACCUGAAAUGGAUUAUGUAUUCAAGAAACUAAAUGAUUUAUAAUUCAAUCACGCUUUUAUUUUUUAUGUAAAUUGUGUGAGAAUUUUACAUGUUCCGAUGUGAAUAUCCCGUAAAUUGUAUAUAUUUAACAUUAUAGUAUAGAAAUUGACAGUAUAUAAUCUUUAAGAUAUGUAACUUUCUCAUAGAAUUGUAGUAUAUAAUUUAUGAUUUUGUUACAAUAUAAACAUGUGUAUGUAACAAAUUAUUAUCAAUUCCUAAGGAAUUUUUGUAAUUGUAUGCUGUGUAAUA